GGGUACAAUGAUGAUGUUGGUCUACAGUUUAGUAGGACAGAAUAAUAGUAUAAGGAAUGAAUACAACGCAUCAACUAGGGAUUACAGCCAGAUCGUGGAACAAGUUAUGGAGAAGAUACCACCAAACAACUCCAAAUUGACAUUUAAAUAUAAAGAUAUUAAUAUAAACUACCUAUCUGAUAAUGGAAUCGUCUAUUUGGUGAUAUCGCAGGACUCCGUUAGCAGGGCAGUCGCGUUUAAAUAUUUGUUAGAUCUACAGCAGAAGUUCACAUCAGUUGAAGAUAGCGAUGUCGAUUUUACAGACACCAUAAAGGAUCUCCUAGAGUCAUACAACACACAGCCACCGGAAGAUCAACUUGGUAAAACCCAGAAUGAACUCAAUCAGGUUAAAGACGUUAUGAUACAGAAUAUGGAGUCUAUAAUCGACAGAGGUGAUAGAAUAGACAACCUCGUAGAUAGAACGAAUGAGAUGUCGUCACAGGCGUUCGCGUUUAGGAAGAAAUCAACCAUGUUGAGGCGACAAAUGUGGUAUAAGAACAAGAAGAUCCAAUUGCUUACCGCGUUCGUUGGAUUGCUCGUUUUUUACUUUUUCAUACACUCAUUUGUAAAUUCUUGAUCCAAUAUCCUUCUUGACAUU